ACUUCGGGUGACAAGUUUGCAAAUCACUGGUUUAAAGCGUGAAUAACAGUUCAAACCAAUAACUAGGUGAGACAGGGAUAGAACGCUGUUAAAUCUCGGUAGGGGGCGCAACAAACCUUUUGUCUUUUUUUUUUUUUUUUUGUACUUGUGUAUGACUACUCCCCCCAAAGUUAUCUUGGACAUACUCCCAACUCAUCCCCAACCCUAAUGAGGACGAGCUAAAGAAAACGGAUUGACGGCGGGAGCAAUAAUGAACAACAGAACUGCUCCGAAGUGACACAAGUGUUGAACCAUUUCAACUGCAUUGUCAAACGGCAAGCAAGAUUGGUCAGUGAAGAUAUCUGAGCCAUUUGACUUUGAAUUCCUUCCAGUGUCUGUCACAUGACCAAUGGACCAUAAUUUUAUUGGCCAGAUAUUGGUUGAAGUGAAAAUUGAUUUAUUGUGUUUAACCUGUGCUCUGACUGUACCAUUUCAUUUUGAAUUUGAAUGUCGACUUUGAAGAUUUUUGCACGAACAUUUUUAUGAUUUUUAUUUAUAAGAAAUGUAAAACACGUUGAUAAAAUCAACUCUGUUGAAAAUUUAUAAAGAGAAUAAAAAAACUACACUUUGAUGCCUGCAAGCCAAAAUUCCGGGAAUGGUAAAAUCAAACCUAUCAGAGAAGCCUAUUUUCUCUGUCCACCAAUAGGAGACCAGCUCACCACAACAUUGGAAAGAUGGUUCGUGUCUGUUUACUUAGAAAAGCAAACAUGGUUUGAUUUCGCGUUGUAAUACAGUCCCCUAACUUUGACACUAUGCUCCCGCAUUGGAGCAAGUCGCUGCUGUCUGAAGUAAACGUUGCAACUUUGCUCGUCUUCGUCGUUGUGUAUUUGUCUCUUCACUACCACCUAAAACGCCGCCGCCGCCGCCACCGUCGUCUGGCUAACAUACCCCCGGGUCCCAAGCCCCUGCCGAUAGUGGGCAAUUUCGGCGUUUUUCUCAUCCCAUCUUUCAUCCGGAGGAGGAUCGGGAACGCGUCGAAGCCGAGCUCGACACCAGUGGAGGCGCUGACGGAGCAAGCGGCGAUCUACGGCGAAGUGUUCAGCCUGUUUGUCGGCACGCAGCUCAUAGUGGUGCUGAACGGCUAUGACGUCAUCAGAGACGCUUUCCACCACCGUCCUCAAGUGUUUUCAGACAGGCCGGACAUCCCUGCGGUUACCAUCAUGACCAAACGCAAAGGUAUCGUCUUCGCGCCGUAUGGGCCGGUGUGGAGAAAGCACCGCAAGUUCUGCCAUGCCUCCCUUCGAAACUUCGGUGUGGGGAAACUUAGCCUGGAGCCGUGCAUCCUCCAAGGCCUGGCGACGGUCAAAAGUGAGCUUCUGCGACUACGUCAGGAAGUUGGCAAGGGCGGCAUGGACUUGAUGCCGCUGGUCAGCAACGCCGUCUCCAAUGUUAUCUGCUCUUUGGCCCUGGGCGAGCGCUUCCCCCAAGACGACCGCCAGUUCGGGACCCUGCUGGGCCUGAUGGUACGAGGCCUGGAGCUGUGCGUUAACAGCCCCGCCGUCCUCAUCAACGUCUUCCCACCACUCUACCACUUGCCCUUUGGCGCCUUCGGGGAGCUCCGGCGUGUGGAGCGCGACAUCACCGCCUUUCUGAAGAGGAUGAUCGCUAAGCACCGCGACACGCUGGACCCAGAGAACCCCAGAGAUUUAGUGGACAUGUACUUGGUGGAGAUAGCACGCCAGAGAGCUGCGGGUGUGGAGGACAGCAGCUUCGAUGAGGACUACCUCUUCUACAUCAUUGGGGAUCUCUUCAUCGCCGGCACUGACACCACCACCAACUCUCUUCUGUGGAUCUUGCUCUACAUGGCCGUGCAUACUCACGUCCAAGACAAGGUCCAGGCAGAGGUGGACAAGGUGGUGGGACGAUGUCGUGUUCCGUCUCUGACUGACCGGGGUCGUUUGCCCUUUACCGAGGCCACCAUCAUGGAGGUCCAGAGGCUGACCUCCGUGGUUCCGCUGGGCAUUCCACACAUGGCAUCAAAGACCACAGACUUCCGAGGUUUCACGAUUCCGGAAGGAACGGUACUCCUGCCCAACCUGUGGUCUGUCCAUCGAGACCCCGCCAUGUGGGACCAACCCGAUAGCUUCAGGCCUCAGCGCUUCCUGGAUGAUGAGGGCCAGGUGGCCAGAAAAGAGUGCUUCAUGCCUUUUGGGAUCGGUCGCAGGAUGUGCAUGGGCGAGCAGCUGGCCAAAAUGGAGCUCUUCCUCAUGGUCACCGGCCUACUGCAGGCCUUCACCUUCCGACUGCCGGACGGAACGCCGCCGCCACCCAUGCAUGGACGUUUUGGACUGACGCUGGCGCCGUGUCCCUUCACCGUGUCCGUCAGCCCUCGUGGGUGAAAUCAGCCGAGUGGAUGUCCACAAAGGCAAACAGUGCAAUAUAUUGUACAUACAAAGUCACUAGACACUUUAUUGGGUACACUAUCGGUACAGUAUCAUUUUGGGUUAGUACUGUAACGCUGGGGAUAGCAAAAAUGCUGGUUGUUUAUUCACAGUUAAAUGAACAAGGCCUGGUGAUACAUUGUUCACCUGGUCACUCACAAACCAUGGAAACUACAUUUCACCUCGCGUGAGAAAAUCACUUUGGUAGGCCAGGAAACAUGAGGAACAAGCAUCCGUCUCCCAGCAUCUCUGUGCACUAACUAGCGGGCGGAUCUGUAGCCCCUCGUUGCUGGGAGUUCUUUUUGCUAGUUUCCCCAAUGUGUUACAAUACACUACGCACAUUUUUAAGUGUUAUUUUAAUUGAAACAAAUAUAAUUGACAUGGUGUCCAUAAAUCAUGAGAAAUGUGGAUCAGUGCAGUUUUGCUGCUGUUUUUUUUUCAUACAAUCUUUAUUGAACAUGUUA